GUUUAUUUUAUCACCUGGUCACAUUUGGUUUGAAAAUUUCUCAGCAAGAAAAUAAACGGGCCAGAACAUCAAGGCAAAACAAAAACGGAAGCAACGCCUCGCUCCUAUCAAUUUUCCUCUUUUUGAUACGCGUACGAAUGUAUUGACAUAGCCGCCUGAGGAAUAUGUUCCAGGGCUGAGGAAACUGCCCACAUUAGAGGAAAAAUCGAUUUUUUUAUACAACAGCUUGCUAUCAGUCGUUGUUGGUUCUCAAAGUUGAUUUAAGGAGGAGUCUAUUGGAAGGCCGCAACUAUGAAUCUGGACUUUGGGAAAGUGUGCAGCAAGCACAUCGCUGUCUACGAGGCCUACUACAAACAGAUUGAUCCGAAGGCUACCGGUGCUAUUGAAGCUAUGACAGCUGCCAAGUUCUUGAAGAAAUCCGGUCUCAGCGACGUGGUACUGAGCCGCAUAUGGGAUCUCUCAGACCCGAACGGCAAGGGCUUCCUGGAUAAGCCAGGAUUCUUUGUGGCUCUUAAGUUAGUGUCGCUAUCGCAGGCGGGUCAAGUGGCCAACAUGAACAACAUCUAUGUGGAUACUGCCAACCCACCGAAAGUGGGUGAAAUUCCAAAGACGAUGCCAUCGCGCAUUCAAACUGUUCCACCGCCCAGCGGCGGAGUGACGGACAGAGACUGGACCAUCGAGGUUAUCGAUCGCUUAAAAUAUGAACAGCUUUUUGAGUCCCUCAACCCGAACAAUGGCAUGUUGCCCGGCAACAAAGUUAAGGGUGUACUAAUGGACUCCAAACUACCGAUGAAUAUCCUUGGCGCCAUCUGGGACCUGGCCGAUCAGGACAAGGACGGUAACCUGGACAAACACGAGUUUAUCGUGGCCAUGCACCUUGUUUACCAAACACUGCAGAAGCGUACCAUUCCCAGUGUUCUUCCACCAGAGCUUCGAAAGCCAGGUGCUGCUGCGGGUCAUCCGCCUAAGCCUCCCCUUCCUGCUUCUCUGCCGCGUGCUGCCAGUGGCGAGGGAUUCGGGGAUGGUGGCUUUGUGGCCAACUUUCCGAAAGACAUUGCGCCGCCGGCGGCAAUUCCUCCUAUGCCAGUGGCUGUGCCACCUAUGACACGCAUUCCGCCGGUGGGAGCCGUUAGCUCCAUGCCACUUAUCCAAACGGAUCCUCUAGUACCUAUUGGGGCACCGCCCUCGGUAAGGGCCAACGCUGAUUGGGUGGUAACUCCCGCUGAGCUCAAAAGGUUCGAGGAAAUCUUUCAACAAUCGGACCUUGACAAGGAUGGUUUAGUGUCCGGCCUGGAAGUUAAGGAUAUAUUUAUUAAGUCGGGUAUUCCUCAACGCAGCCUGGCGGAUAUCUGGGCCCUCUGCGACACCAAUCAGUCCGGAAAGCUGACCGUAGAACAGUUUGCUCUGGCAAUGUGGUUCGUCGAACGCAAGCAGCGCGGCGUAGAUCCGCCCCAUGUACUCACUGCCAAUAUGGUGCCGCCAUCGAUGCGAUCGAUUGUCUCUGGCGUGGAUUUGCAGCAUCAGGAGGUGAAGCCGACUUACUCUAAUCCAGAGCUGGAGAUGAUAUCCAACGAGAUCGAAGAGUUGGCCCGAGAACGGCGAGCCCUCGAGACGGAAAUUGCUCAAAAAGAAGCGGACGUGCGUAUUAAAAACGGAGAAGUACGCAGUCUGCAGAGCGAACUGGACACCUUGGCGGCCACGCUAAAGCAGCUGGAGAACCAGCGCGGGGAAGCUCAGAAGCGGCUGGACGACCUACAAGCUCAAGUUACACGCAACACGGCCGUGCUGGCCAGUGUAUGUCUUGAGAUAACGUGCAUUAAUGAACAGGUGAAUAAAAUUCGCGAUCAAUGCCAAAAGCAGGAAGAGACCAUUAACGAGCAAGAAGGCGAACUAAAUGCUAAGAGAUCUGAACUUCAGAAGCUAAAGGAUGAAGAAACAUCUCUGCAAAAAGAGUACGACUCGAACAACCGUGAGCUGUCAAAGUUGACAAAGCACCUGCAAAACACCCAAUUACAGAUUAGCUCGGUCCGUUCGAUGGUCACUCUGCUGAUGGAGACUCAGCGCCAGAUGACUGAUGCUUUGCUUAUUUGCCGAGCCGCUAUGGACAACAAGAACGCUGAUCUUGUUUCCGAAUACCAACUGAAAAUCGAACCAGACUUUGACGAGGCUCGCAAGGUAAUGGCGAAGGAAGUGGAAAUGCCCAAAGAUGACCCCUUCGACGAGAACAGUAGUGGAGUGGCCAACCAGGCCAACAACGGCUUUUUCAACGAUCCCUUCUCUGGCCAGAAUGCCAGCAAACCGGCUAUCUCCACUGGCUUCGAUGACAGCUUCAGUGCGAGCUCAGGAUUCGAGACAGGAUUUGAUGCCUUUGGCCAGAGUGCUGGAUUGGGGCAACCCCAGAAGCAAGAUCCCUUCGGCUCGGACGCGUUUGCCGCCAAGAACGCUGUAACACCAGAAGUUGGAAAAGACGAUUUCGGUAGCGAUCCGUUUGCCGCUCUACAUGCACCCACCGGGCAGGGUCAGGUCCUCAGUCCCAACACGGCAAAAUCGGGUCCGCCACCCCGGCCGGAGUCUCCUAGUCCAGCAUUGCCGCCAAAGAAGUCAAAGCUGCCUCCCCCAAGACCAGCCCCACCACGAGCAGCACAGCCCGCAACCGGUUUUGGAGGCAGCGGAGGAUUCGCCGACUUUGAAGAGUUCGACAAUAAGCUCCAAACAGCGCCACCGUCUCAUCAACCGCCGCUACCGCUGCUCGACAACUUCUCGCUGUUCGAUGAUCCCGGCCAGAAACAGACGCGCAGCCAAGUGCGUAGCGGAUCAAGUCCCGCGCCGGACAAAUCCACAGGGCAAUCUCAACUUUCGAUAGCAUCCCUAUCUUCAGCCAUGUCAGCAGCACCAACCUCUGUAUUCGGAUCAUCUUCAACAUUGACAUCGGAUGCAAAGGAAGUCUCGUCGAAUAGCAAAGAAGUCACUAGCAGCAUUGUUUCCAAGCAUUUUUCACAUUCCACUACACCGAUCCAGAAGGAAACAUUCAUGGUAGAUGACUUUUCGGCAGCCUUUGGAGCGUUUGAAACGCAGAAUGAACCACCACCCAGCAAUAUUACUGGGCCGACCGACUUCAAGGACGAUCCCUUUAAGGACUAUCGCUACGAGGAUCCGUUCAGCAUCAAGGAUCCUUUUGCCGACGAUGAUGAAGAAGGGGAGUCCCAGAAAGACAUCGGACUGGGUCAGAAAAAAAACUUUGCCGAGGAUUUUAGUUCAGACGAUGACCUUGUUGCCGGGUCUAAGACCUAUGAUAGUAACCAAAAAAAUAACAACCCGAGUAAACUUCAGGCGGCCACCUCACUCAUCAAUGAUCAGCUUAAUCAAUUUGACGCGUUCAACUUGAACUCUAGUCCACUGCCCCGGCCGAGCUCGACUUCCUCUAAAUCCGAAUCAAAUCCAAUCCACAAGACAUCACAAUCGGCGGUGGACAAGUUCGCCGAUUUUGAUGACUUUGAAGCUUUGGCCGGCACAGAAAAUGGAGCAAGCACUAAACCAUCGACCACAACCAUUAAAAACACAGGACCAAAUGAUUCAUUCUUCGAUGCAUUUAAUGCAAAUUUCGGGGAGAACUUGAGCUCCACAACGGUGACGAAUGCGAAUGUUAAAAAGCCUGACGACCAGAAAGCCAAGGACUUCGAUGACAGCAAUGACAAUUGGUUUAAAGAUAGCUUGGCGACGAGCCACUCCAUCCAAUUGGGCAAUCAGGACUUCGCCAAGUUUGAAGAAUUCGGAGAGCAUAAUUUCUCUAGUGAUUUCGCCAACACGUCGCUGGGGAGCAGCAUGAACGAGAAGCAAAAUAAAGUUAAAGAGAUCAACUCGAAUGGCUCAGCUAAGGAGAAAUUUGCGGCAGACUACUCCAAACCGGAGAGCUUCGACGCAGAUCUCGCGCAGGCGCUCAAGAGAAGCAUGCUGGAGAACUAAAUCUUAAUCUAAGUGUUUAUGUUACCGUUAUAAAGUGUAUAAUUAAAGGCGAUUUACAUUUAUUCUUUUGCGGUCUUAAGGAUCCCCUCUACGGGUCCGCACAGACAAUUCCAACUGGUAUUAAAACCUUACUCAUAAGUAUCUACAAAUUCGUAAUCACAUACUCGUAAACCCUAAGAAAGUAUGAUUUAACCUGUUCCAAAACCAAAUAAAUAUUUGAAUAAAACAAGA